AUGCCGUACACCACCGACCUCAUACUCUUCUACUACCCGAACACCAUCGGCUCCCGAAAGUUAUACGUGCUGUUCUUGCCCACUGCGGUUGUCGAGAUCGCACUAUAUCACAUUCGGCGAUACCGAGAAAUGCUGAAACUGUCAGUGUGUCCGCCCUCGGUGUACCCGCGAGUACCGCGCAAGCAGCAGGCGCACAAAGGCCGUUUCCGCGCCCCUCAGAUGCUGCUCGUGCUGUACACAAGGGGAAUCAGCUUCAUGCCCCGCGUCAUGGACGUCCAGCACGGGGAGCAGAUGGAACCCUGGUUCCUGGAGAUGAGUCCCCUCGGAGAGCUGCCGCUCCUCAAGCACGGAGACCUGAGCUUCACCGACGUCGACCAGAUGAUGCUCUACGUCGACCAGAUCUGCCCUUUCCCCGACGCCAUCGCCAAGCUGUUUCCCGACAAGGAAACCGAACUCGGGAGUGCAGUGGACAAGUUGGUCAAGGACAUGAAGAGAAUCAACAUUCCUCUCGUCAUUUACGGAACGUUGUUCCAUCCCGAGAUGGCUGCCUCGUCCACCAUGUCCGACGAGGAGCAGAGGAGGAAAGCGGACUUGGUGAAGCAAGGUAAAGCCCAGAUCCUUGAAUUGAUGGAAAGAAAUCCGGACUAUGUCAGCUCCUAUGUGGAGAAGCAGAAGGCCUACGACACGUUCCUUGCCCUGGCACAGUCAGAAAGCGCAGUCACCAAGGAGCUGGAAGAAGUUGAGAAGGUACUCGACAUAACGGAGGAAGUGGUCAACUCUAAAAAUACCUCGGGCACCAUGACCCCCGAGAUGUCGCAGACCUGGCUGUUCUCCAUCUAUAUCACGGCAGCGGAUGUGUACCUCAUGGUGCUACUGCACGCGCUGUACAAGGCCGGCCUAUGGGAGCGGUACUUUGAGAAGAGUCAUCGAAAGCACAAGAACCUUGUCCGCUACUUUAAGAGGAUGAAACACGACCCCCUCAUCAGCAAAGCACUGCCGGGACUCAUCAAGUAG